AUUGUCACUUGCAAAAGAGGAUUGCAGCAGGGUGUUGAAAGGUUGUAUUUCUUCACAUUUAAGGGAACAUUGCGGUGAUCAAAAAUGUCAAAAACUGCAAUAGAAUUGGCCAAAACACUGGCAACAAAUGCGAGGCCUGCUCUUUCUAAAUUUGUAUAUUAUGCAAAAGUAGAACUAGUUCCACCAAAAAUUUCUGAUAUUCCUGCCAUUCGAAGUGGUAUUACUAACUUGUUCAGUUCUAUCAAAAACAGACAGUUUCUUCAACUUACAGUGCGUGAAGUUUGGCUAAAUACUUUAGUUGGAAUUGAAAUCUACUGUUGGUUCUUUGUUGGAGAAUGUAUUGGAAAGCGACACCUUAUUGGAUACAAAGUUUAAAAAUACAUUAACAUU